AUUUGAACAUUUUGACCGCUUUCAGAUUUCAACACAAAACAUUUCUGUCAAGGUUACCGAAGCCAAGCCAACCCGAUUAACCUUAGACUCACUUCCAUUCCCAACCGUAAACAGUCAAAAUCAAUUUCGUCACUCAUUUGACGCGACUGGAUUGCGAGACAAUUCCAAGGACCCGAACAAAAUGGAGGACCAACUCGUCCAGGUCCUGGCUAGCACCCAGCUCACUGCCGAGGGUCCAAGAAAGCAAGCUGAGAUUGAGUUGAAGCAAGCGAGCCGAAAUCCUGCAUACCCGCUCUCCCUCACCAACAUCGCACGACACACUUCUAUUUCAGUAGAAGUUCGACAAUCUGCCUUGUCAGCUUUGCGCCUGUUCAUCGAACGAAACUGGGGCGGCGACAGCGAGGAUGGCCCCGCAAUCCCCAUCGCCGAUUCCAUUAAAGAUCAGAUCAGGCCCAUGAUUCUUGACCUUGCUCUGAAUUCAGAGGACGGUAACAAGAUUAAGACAGGUGCAAGUUUUGUCGUCGGCAAGAUUGCCAAUGUUGAUUUCCCUGAACAAUGGCCUUCGCUCCUACCUACUCUCCUCGAAAUAAUCCCGAAUGGCAACGAAGGACAACUUCAUGGAGCCCUGAUUGUCCUCCGCGACCUAGUCGAGGAGAGCUUGAGUGACAAUCAAUUCUUCUCCAUGGCUCGCGACAUUGUCAAGGUUGUAUACGAUGCUGCAAUCAAUGAGAAUCGAAAACCGACUCUACGCGCUCUUGCCGUUUCUGUCUUCCGAGGCUGCUUCGAUCUCAUGGAUACUGUUAAGGAGGAACAUCCGAAAGAAGUCCAGCAAUUUGCGGAGGAGGCAAUGAAGGGUUGGUUUCCCUUCUUUCAGCAAGUUAUGAAGCUGCGGUUGCCCGAGCCCGAUGCUCCCUUGACGUCGCAGCAGCCAGCAAGUUGGAACGGCAUAAUAGCCCUGAAAUUACAGUCUGUGAAGUGCCUCAUGAAGUUGAAGCUUGUCUUCCCGCAACUCUUAUUGCCCGAGACGCCCCAUUUCUUCCAGGCGAUUUGGGAAGAACUGUCGCUCCUAGAAAAAUCGCACGAGACGAUGUAUAUUGAGAAUGAUGCGCAAGGUAGACUUGAAGACUCCGACAGCCUUCCAUAUACUCUAGACUUCCUUGUCUUGGAAGAGUUGGACUUCCUGAACGGCUGUAUGCGUGCACCACCAGUCCGAAAAGAACUCGAAGCACAACUCGCCGCCCAUUCUUCUGCGCACGAAACUCCUUGGGUUCUGGAUUUGAUGAAGCUCGCAUCAUCGUAUGCUCGCAUCACUCUAGAAGAGGAGGACCUGUGGGAUAUAGACGUCUCGUUAUAUCUAGCUGAGGAGCAGUCAUUGAGCGCUAACUACACUCCCCGAACUGCAUGUGGAGAUCUUCUUAUCAAGCUUGGCGAAUGGUUGAACCAGAAGGCAUUGGAAGGUCUCUUCGCUCAUACGAAGAGCCUCUUUGUCGAAGAAGCACCUUGGAGAAAGCAGGAAGCGGCUCUGUUCUUACUCAACAUGCUCGUGAGCGAUUUCCUCGAGUGUAACAAGACCAUACCACCAGAGAUCGGCCAAGCAAAUCUCGAGUUAAUCAAUUUUGCCAUUAACCGCACCACACAACCCCUACUCCGAGCCCGUGGUUAUCUGGUUGCCGGCAUACUAUCGCAGUUUGAUGGAGCAACAGCCCCGCUUGCAAAUCUCAUGAGCCAAACAAUUAACGCCAUCACGGCAGAAGAGUCCGAGCUUGUGCAGGUUGCGUGCAUUAAGGCGGUAGAGGGAUUCCUCCAGAGCGGAAGCGCUGUUGGUAAUAUUCAGAUCCAAGCGCAAGUGGUAAACGCAAUCUCACAGUGGAUGUCAAUAAAAGACAUGACCGAUCUUGAGGACGCAGAUGAUUUGCUAGUUACUCUCACGGAAACGCUCCGAGCUGCUAUCAAUAUUGACAAACGAGUUGCUGUAUCUAACGAUAUACCAGCCCUAGACUUACUCUUCCUCAUUGCCAAGCAUGGCUCGACUAACUGGCAGGUAACCAUGCUCAUUUGCGAAGAGUUCGAAGAUAUUGUCAGAUCAAUGCCGGAUCCUGCUUCCUACCAUCUGCUUUGCCAGAAGGUACUCCCUUCGUUAACGGGCGCAUUCAACGUUGCUGAUGUCACUUCGGACAACCCUCUAAUUACAUUUGCAACAGAAUUAAUGGCGUCCCUCACCCAAUACGCCUCGGAGCCCCUUCCUCCCGGGUUUGUUGCGGCCACUCUACCCAAGCUUAGUCGCUUGCUCAUGGAGAGCAAUGAGGGAGACAUUCUUCGGCCUGGUGCAGAAUCAGUCAAGUAUCUCUUGGCGCAUGAUUAUCAACAAGUGUUGAAUUACCAGGAUGAGAACAACAGAUCUGGACUCGAGGUUUGCCUUCAUAUCAUUGACCGUUUACUUGGACCUUCUAUCGAGGAUAACGCGGCCUCCGAAGUGGGUGGCCUUGCAGCUGAGCUGGUUGAAAAGGCAGGCCAUGAACGACUCGGACCAUUCCUUCCACAGCUUCUACAGGCUGUAGCUAAUCGACUAGCCACUGCUGAGGCCGCUCCAUUCAUACAAUCUCUGAUUCUGGUUUUCGCUAGACUCUCCCUGGUGGGCGCUCAUGACGUUGUCGAAUUUCUCAGCACUAUCCAGAUCAAUGGUCAGCCUGGCCUGCACAUCGUCGUAAGCAAAUGGCUUGAAAACUCUGUCAACUUUGCCGGUUACGAUGAGAUUAGACAGAAUGUCAUCGCCCUCUCCAAGUUAUUCAGCUUGAACGACCCCCGCGUUGCCCAGAUUAUGGUGAGAGGUGAUAUGAUCAUGCCCACUAGCGAUAGAAUCCUAACGCGAUCUCGUGCACGUCAAACACCAGACCAAUAUACCAUUGUGCCGGCCCCGCUUAAGAUCCUGAAGGUUCUAAUUGAGGAACUUCUUUCGGCUUCAGGUUCUAACAGUGCGGCAGCUGCUGCAGCAGCUGUUGCGGCUGAGUUUGGAGACGACAACGAUGAUGAUGGCUGGGAAGAUGACCCCGAUACCAUUGACCUUAACCUUGGCAGUGUUAAGAAUGAUCUCAUGGGCUUUUUGGAAGCCAGCAACAUGCGUCACCGAGAUGACGAAACCCAAGCUUUCCUGACGGAAUUCUUCCUAUCAGCCGCGCGUGACAAUGUCGCCGGUUUUGGAGAGUGGUACAACCAGUUGACAGAGGAGGAGAAAGCCAAACUGAACGAGCUCUCUCCAGCACAAUGAUGUUGAUGCUCAGCAGUCGAAUAGUCGCAUGGCUAAUCCUUAGAUUACAUGCGUCGCAUGAGUACCUUCGGAGUGAUUUGGACUUAGGCUUGGGUAGUAAGUGACCUUUCGGUGACUUCGAGUUGUUGGGUGCCGGGCGGAGACUCGUCAGAGUUAUAUGCAAUGAAUUACACACAAGGAGUUUAAUACCCUAGCAUGAUGGGCAACGAUGACAUGAGGAUUAGGGAGAUCAUUGCCUAUGGCAUGGUAAAGUCCCCAAGUAGUAAAUAAUGUUUUACUGCCUAGGUAGUGAUCUAAUCCUACGGGCCUGCGCUUAUAGGUAUUGGUGUAUUUAUCAAAUGCUGUCGGCUUUGGUAAAUAUAUAAGAGCAAGAUGCAGUCACCUGGUAGUUAGUUAGCUAGAUCUCUAGGCGACGUGCUACUAAAUCAAACGGUAUAAAUGAUGAACAAAUCACUUCUGGUA